AUGGCUCCUCAAUUACGCCCAAAGCCCAACACGCAUGCCCGGAUGCAAAGAGUGGCCACAAAGUUCAACGAACUUGAGGUCACUCCGAGCAGACCUGGAGAUAAAUCAAGCCACCCCGCAGCAAAAGAGACUGACAUCCCCCAAUCUUCACAACAAAAUGCAAGUGGAUGCUCCUUUGGCGAUUCAGAAGAUGGAAACCCCGUUCAUGAUGGAGACCUGCACACUGUGAAGCCAUUUUCAUGGUCAGAUGCCGGAUCGACCGCAAAUAACACCAAACGAAGUUCACCCGCAGAUCUUGGGGAACUCUUCGCAGACGAUGAUUGGGAUUUCGAAGAGUCCAUCGCACCCUUUUCAAGUCCUACCUCGGAAAAGAAUAAGCUUCCAGAUACGAUGCCACUUGUCAACUCAAAAGGAGCAGAUCAGUCAUCAACGCCAGAAAAGCAAGUUGACUUUUCAGAGACAGCAUCGACUGCUCGCCGCAGCUCUCCUUUUGGGGUUAGCAGCGGAUACAAAGAUAUAUGGAACUUCGAUGACAGCCCCCCGGGUAGAAGCCCGUCUCAUAACAUUUCCGAAGAUGUACCACCUUCUUCGCCGGCCCAUUUACCUGCUGAAGAGCUAUACGACUCCACUCCGAGAAAAGUCGUGGCACCUACACAGCCCGCCGCUGAGUUGAAUGCCGACGAGCCAACAGCCAGCAGAGACAUUCAAGGCCGGUCAGCCAAGGCGGUUCCUCAGACAAAAGUGAAGAAAAGUCGACAAAGAGCGAAAGACCCGAUAAGAUUUGACCCAUAUACUCAAGAAAUCGUCACUGUUUCUGUCAGCAAGAAAAAACCAGUAGCUACAAGACUACCGAUCGUCAGAGCCUUGCAAGAAGCAGCAAAGGACUCAAGCUCGCCGGUGCCAGUCUCUCAAAAGCCAAAGCCGAGACCGAAACGGCCCCGACAACAUAAAAAGGCCAAACCAGAGAUUCAGCCAGCUCCAAACAAUCCACCCCCAGCCAGAGGUAAAGACCUUGCCGCCUUCAUCGGCAAAUCAGUCCAGCCACUGGUUGAAACUCCCUCAGAAUGCCUGGAUGACCUGGCAAACACCGUCGAGUGUGACGAACCCAUAAGGAUUCAUUCUGCCAGCAAUGGCGACUUCAUUAAUGAAAUGCAGGAACCAGGGCAACAACGACUCUGUCUACCAGCGGCUAUUGACAAGCGGAUCAAUAAUCUGAAUGAAUCCAGGAGAGCGCCUGUGGAAGAGAACGUGGCGAAGAGAAAAAGACUUUCUCGGCAGUUUAGCGUAUCAGAAAAGGGCAGUCCUGUUGUUAUUAACGAUACAAUACAUCCAGAGAAUGUUGAGUCUGUGCCUGCCAAACCGCAUCCUCCCAUGACCAGUCGUCCAGAGCAGCCCGCUGAGGUGCAAUCUUCAUCAUUUUUGAGGAGCGAAUCGAAGGAUAGACAUAUUGAGCAACAGCAUGGUGGUGCUUUCAGAGACAUUGAAGGCAGAUCUUCGUCCCAAUGGCUGCGGCGUGUGAGCGAUAGGGAACCGGCCCCAAAACACAAAUCUAGCAUGGGAAAGAAACUGCACGAUGAGAUUAUGAAGAGUUUCCUUGGACAUGAUGAGACGGCUCAGGAGCCUAGUGGAGGCAAACCGGCCUGUACUGUGGUUCCCAAUCAUGCAGAAACUCAGAUGCGCCGGGUAGUUGACCAAUUAAUUGCCCGCUUAGACGACAAAAAGGCAGCCGUCAUCAAUGUUGCAGAGACGUAUCGCAACAGAGGCUACGAUAGUGUAGCACACUUGAAGCAGCAGUGUGUACAAGAUAGUAGCAAUUUGGAGACUACAUUUCGAAGAGAUAGUGGACUGUUUGGCAAGAAGCUGCAGGCGGCUACAAAGACAGUUGAAGACCACAGCUCAAGCAGAGAAAAAGCGGCAGUGGACUUGGAUAAUGUGAUGGCAUCUCGACAUCGAUCAUACAGUCAAGCACGCCUAAGCCUACGGGCCAUCCGGGAUGCGGUGACCGGGGACAACAGUGUUAUGUUCUGA